UAACAAUUUAUUUUCAGCUGAUGCUAUCUCUUUGUAAAAUGCUGACCAACCAAAGUGACGCGUUAAAUUAAUCUUUUGUAGAAAGUGUCGUUUAAGAGUCGUCUGUUUGCAGUUUUUUUUUUUUCACGGUGGAACAUCAAACGAUUCGAACCAUUUAGUCAAACAUCUCAUUUUCAUUGAAACCACACAGAGAAACACCUUUUUAACCAAAUCGUUUCACCAUGAGCGGGGUGUACACUCAGAGUAAAGAAAGUUUACCUGUUAUUGAUGAAGUCUCUCAACUGAAUGAACCAAAAGUAGAUGAAAUUGAAAAAUUGAAAGAAAUGCUUAAACUGAGUCAAGCUGAAACUGGAAGAGUUCUUGAACAAUUAAAUAAACUAAUUCUCCUUAUAAAACUGUCCUGGAAUGGUGAUGUUGAAGCCACUAUUCAUAUUUCAAAGAUAAUUGGAAGAGAAGAUACACUUAAUGGAAGAUGGCCAGAUCAAAAAUCAUUGCAAGUACUAAAGAACUGGGAAACAAUCACACAAUUGCUGUUACAUAAAAAUGAAAAGGAAGAGCGAAAGAAAAUCAAAAUAAAGCAACUCGAACAUUUGCAACAGAGAUAUGACUUCUUUCAGAACACAAUGUUGGAUCAUCAUCAGCUAAUAAGUCAAUUUGGCUGUUGUAAACCUAUGAAAUCAGUAUCAAGGAAAAGUUCUUGUAACCAACAACAAUCCAAGGAUUUGAAACAAAACAGAAUGAAUGAAGUAGAUUCAAAACCAUCAACUACAGACAUUAACAGUUUAGCUUUGGAAAAUCUCUCAAUACAGCCUGCACCUUCCAUUAACAAAGUACCUAUUACCAACUGUAAAAAUUUGACAAAUACCUACCGUAUAAAGCUGAGACGUCCUGUUAGUGCAGUUGUUCCAAGGAAACAAUUUAUAAAGAAUACCAACAGACCAAAGAGUGCAGUUUUCCCUGGAUAUAAACAAAAGGAAAAACAUGAAAACAACAACCCUCAUAUCAAAAAAAUGUUCCAUGAUAGUGAUUCUAUCAUGGUGCCAAGGACAUCACCAGUGGAGAGACAAGUUGAGCAGAAACAGAGUUUUAAUGUCAAGGAACCAAACCAAAGAACGUCUAUUGCAAUUAACCCAUACACCAUAGUGUUUCAUGCAGAAUCCUUUAUCAGUGCAAGGAAACCUUUUCUAAAUGGACAUUUGAUGGGAAAACGAACGCAUGAAAUAUUGGAACAAUUGGAAAAUAGUGAAGUCUCAUAGUUGUUUCAUGCACUGAAAAUAUUUGACAUUAGUGGUUUCAUUUUUAAGAAGCACUUUAUAUUUAUU